AUGAACGGCUACGGCUCCCCCUACCUGUACAUGGGCGGCCCGGUGUCGCAGCCGCCGCGGGCGCCCCUGCAGCGCACGCCCAAGUGCGCGCGCUGCCGCAACCACGGCGUGCUGUCCUGGCUCAAGGGCCACAAGCGCUACUGCCGCUUCAAAGACUGCACCUGCGAGAAGUGCAUCCUCAUCAUCGAGCGGCAGCGGGUCAUGGCGGCGCAGGUGGCGCUGCGCAGGCAGCAGGCCAACGAGAGCCUCGAGAGCCUCAUCCCCGACUCGCUGCGCGCCCUGCCGGGACCCCCGCCGCCGGGAGACGCCGCCGCCGCCCCGCAGCCGCCGCCGCCCUCGCAGCCGUCGCAGCAGCCGUCGCGCCCAGCCGCCGAGUUGGCUGCGGCCGCCGCGCUGCGCUGGGCCGCCGAGCCCCCGCCCGGGGCGCUGCAGGCGCCGCUCGCCAAGCCAGAUUUGACAGAAGAACGACUUGGGGAUGGCAGCACCGCUGACAAUGCUGAGACUUUCAGCGACAAAGACACGGACCAGAGGAGCUCCCCAGACGUGGCCAAAAGUAAGGGCUGCUUCACACCUGAGAGCCCCGAGAUCGUGUCAGUGGACGAAGCAGGAUUCGCGGUCCAGAAGAACGGGGCCAGCUCAGAGAGCCGGCCCGACAGCCCCAAGUACCCCGGGGAGCAGAGCCACCUCCUGAUCGAGGGCCCCUCGGGAACCGUGUCUCUGCCCUUCAGCUUGAAAGCCAACAGACCGCCCCUAGAAGUGUUGAAAAAGAUAUUCCCCCACCAGAAGCCCGCGGUGCUGGAGUUGAUCCUCAAGGGCUGUGGGGGUGACCUGGUGAGCGCCGUGGAGGUCCUGCUCUCCAGCCGCUCGUCCUCCUCGGCUGCCGACCGGACUUCUGCUGGGGAGCCUGAGGGCCUGGUGCUGCCCUCCAACGGGCACCUCUUCGAGCACACCUUGAGCUCCUACCCCCUCUCCUCAUCCAAGUGGUCUGUGGGGUCGGCCUUCAGAGUCCCUGACACGCUGAGGUUUUCUGCCGACUCCACCAACAUGGUCCCCAACCCCCUGGCCGUGCCCCUUCAGCACCCGUUUCCCCAGCCACCCCGGUACCCUCUGAUGCUGAGGAAUACCCUGGCGAGAAACCAGUCGAGCCCCUUUCUGCCCAACGAUGUCACCCUGUGGAACACCAUGACGCUGCAGCAGCAGUACCAGCUGCGGUCCCAGUACGUCAGCCCUUUCCCCACUAACUCCACCAGCGUCUUCAGAAGCUCGCCCGUCCUCCCCGCCCGCACCCCCGAAGACCCUCGGAUCGCUAUCCCCGACGACGGGUGUCCCAUGGUGUCAAAGCAGUCCAUUUACACCGAGGAUGACUAUGACGAGAGGUCUGACUCCUCAGACUCCCGAAUACUCAACUCGUCAUCUUAA